AUGGCGUCAGCAAGUGCCAUUUCCUUGGGGGACCCACCGCCAGGUGAUCCACCCGAAACCGGUAGAAUAAACGCCAACGAACGAACGCUGCCUGAGUGGAUGGACCACUCUGGAAUGCACGGUCAAAGAAUAGUUCUACAGUUACGAGUCGCUGGGAAAGGGCUACUACCAAAAAACCCAUUUCUUAUUGGCAAAUCAAUUGAGAAUAUCUGCGGAGGAAAAAUUGAAUCAGCUCACACAGAGGACAGGGGUUCGAAAUAUGUUCUGAGAACCAGAAGUACCGAACAAGCGAGAAAGUUAAUGAACAUGCAUAAAUUGAUCGAUGGUACGGAGGUUGUGGUUGACUCUCACCCAACCUUGAACCGAGUACGCUGCGUGUUGGGUUGUCGAGAUGCUAUUGACGUGCCAACAGAAGUUCUACUUAAAGAGCUGACACCAUUGGGGGUGAUAGAUGUUCGUAGGAUCACAAGACGGAUAGAAAAUACUCGAGUGAACACGCCCACAUUGAUUCUAACUUUCCACGGAACUACAUUCCCCAAGCACAUUUACUUUGGUCCCCUACGAGUGGAAACAAGAGAAUUCAUCCCAAAUCCAAUGAUUUGCUUCAACUGCUGCAGUUACGGCCACACAAAAGACAAAUGUCCCGGCAAUACUGUGUGCCAAAACUGCUCAGGUGCACACAAACUUGAGAAAGACGCGUGCGAAGAACCAGCUCACUGCAAAAACUGCAAAGGUAGCCACUCACCUACCAGCAGGGUGUGUCCCAUGUACAUGAAGGAAGAGAAAAUACUAAAGCUGAAGAUCGAGAAGGGGAUAUCGUUUAGCGAAGCUAGAAAGGAGUACAAUAAACUGAAUGGACAGCAAUAA